ACUUAAUAUUAUUGUGUGCUUAUCGAAUCCUCUCUCAUCAUCCCCUCCUGCAAUUAACCAAGCGAUACCGCUAAUUCCCAAACUCCAUUCAAACACCAUGAAAAGAUCCACCGAUGAAUUGGCCCCCGUCCCCGCCACCGCUAUCCCCAAACCAGUUUUCCUCACUAAAGCCCAACGUGAACAACAAGCACUCGAACGCCGCCACAAUCAAGUCGCCGGUCACAAACGCGACCAAGAAGAACUUCUCCUCCUUUCCACUAAUAACAACAUCAACCGCUCCUCUGAUUCCGACCGCCGUGAUCGUGACCGUGACCGUGGUCACGAUCGAGACAGUUACAGAGAACGUGAUAGAGACAGAGACAGAGAAAGAGAAAGAGACAGAGAUAACAGAGAUCGUGAACGAAGACACCGCGAUAGAGAACGUGAAGAAGAGAAUAAAGUUCGUGAGCGAGCUCGAUUGGAGAAGCUAGCGGAACGAGAACGUGAAAAGGAGCUUGAUUCGAUUAAGGAACAAUACCUAGGUUCAAAAAAACCUAAAAAAAGGGUUAUUAAACCUAGUGAGAAAUUUCGAUUUUCUUUUGAUUGGGAAAAUACUGAAGAUACUUCGCGUGAUAUGAAUGUUCUUUAUCAAAACCCUCAUGAAGCUCAGCUUCUUUUUGGCCGAGGGUUUAGAGCUGGAAUGGAUCGCCGUGAGCAGAAGAAGCUUGCGGCAAAGCACGAGAAAGAGAUGAGGGAUCAGAUUAGGAAGAAGGAUGGUGUCGAGGAGAAGCCCGAGGAAGCUGAUGCUCAGCGGCGUAAGGAGGAGGCUGCUGAUGCUUAUGAUACGUUUGAUAUGAGGGUUGAUCGUCAUUGGAGUGAGAAGAAGCUUGAGGAAAUGACCGAGAGGGAUUGGCGUAUAUUUAGGGAAGAUUAUAACAUUUCUUAUAAGGGUUCCAAGAUUCCAAGACCUAUGAGGAGUUGGGUUGAGAGUAAGUUGAGUCAAGAGCUUUUGAAGGCUGUGGAGAAGGCUGGUUAUAAAACCCCUUCUCCCAUUCAGAUGGCUGCUAUUCCGCUUGGACUUCAGCAGCGCGAUGUUAUCGGCGUUGCUGAGACAGGUUCUGGGAAGACUGCUGCGUUUGUUUUGCCUAUGUUGAGUUAUAUCACUAGGCUUCCUCCUAUUAGUGAGGAGAAUGAAGCGGAGGGUCCUUAUGCUGUUGUUAUGGCGCCCACUCGCGAGCUUGCUCAGCAGAUUGAGGAUGAGACGGUUAAAUUUGCUCAGUAUAUGGGGAUUAAAGUUGUUUCCAUUGUUGGUGGUCAGUCUAUCGAGGAGCAAGGGUUUAAGAUAAGGCAGGGUUGUGAAAUUGUGAUUGCGACUCCUGGUCGUUUGAUUGAUUGCUUGGAGCGUCGCUAUGCUGUUCUUAAUCAGUGUAAUUAUGUGGUUCUUGACGAGGCUGAUCGUAUGAUUGAUAUGGGGUUUGAGCCACAGGUCAUGGGUGUGCUAGAUGCAAUGCCUUCGAGUAAUCUCAAACCGGAGAAUGAAGAUGAGGAGCUUGAUGAGAAGAGGAUUUAUAGGACUACUUAUAUGUUCAGUGCUACCAUGCCACCUGCUGUGGAGAGGCUUGCUAGGAAGUAUUUGAGGAACCCUGUUGUCGUGACUAUAGGAACUGCUGGAAAAGCAACUGACUUGAUCAGCCAGCAUGUGAUCAUGAUGAAGGAAUCUGAGAAAAAUUAUAAGCUUCAGAGAUUGUUGGAUGAGCUUAAUGACAAGACUGCGAUUGUGUUUGUAAACACCAAGAAGAGCGCUGAUUUUCUUGCUAAGAAUUUGGACAAGGAAGGCUAUCGUGUGACCACUUUGCAUGGAGGGAAAUCACAAGAUCAGAGGGAGAUUAGUCUUGAAGGAUUUAGGACCAAGAGAUAUAAUGUGCUUGUUGCAACCGAUGUUGCUGGACGUGGUAUUGACAUUCCUGAUGUGGCUCAUGUUAUCAACUAUGAUAUGCCUGGGAAUAUUGAAAUGUACACCCAUCGUAUUGGGCGUACUGGUCGUGCAGGAAAGACAGGUGUGGCUACAACAUUCCUGACUCUUCAGGACACUGAUGUCUUUUAUGAACUUAAGCAGAUGCUCAUUCAGAGUAACAGUCCUGUUCCACCUGAAUUGGCAAGGCAUGAAGCUUCCAAAUUCAAGCCAGGAUCUAUUCCUGACAGACCACCUAGGCGAAAUGACACUGUUUUUGCCCAUUAAAGAACUUUCUUUUGAGGUUUAAAGGCAUAUAUGCGUAUUGCAGGUGAAUGUUACUAAAGGGAAAGAGGAGCUCUCAUGAGGAGGCUUGAAAGAUCUAGAAGGCAUAUGUCAUCUCUGCAAGGAGAAACCAGAAUCAAUAAUUCAUUGUGCUAAGGGACUGUGAAAAGGCCAAGGAAAUUUGGAGUCUGCUGGGAGUAAAUUCAGACAACUCCUUUUAUACAAGUGAGUUGAACAAGUGGUUAGAAAUGAAUAUUAAGUGCAGGUCCAGGUACAAAGGAGAGUGGCAAUGCACCUUUGUGGUUACCUUAGACUCCAGUUGGAUGGCUAGAUAUAAUUACAUCUUCCAAGGUCUCAGUCCUAGCUCUCUUGAAAUUGUGCACAUUAUUCCAUACAAGAAACAUGAGAUUUUGAAGCAUAGCUUUAUGCAGGAGAAUAAUAACCACACAGACGAUCCUUUCAAAAAAGAAAAACCACACAAAUGAUCAACACUUAGCAUGUAUCGAAUGGGAAUCUCCUCAAAGAGAUUGGAUUAAAUUAAAUUGUGAUGGGGCAGUGGCGAAUGGUGGUGAGGUGUUACCCGGAACAAUGAUGGUGAUUUUAUUCUUGGAUUUUCGACACGGAUGGAUACAAACUCUAUUAUGUGACAGAGAUGGCAGCUGUGCAGCCGGGUCUGAAGCUCCUUAUCAAUAGUAUCGUUGUGGAAACAGAUACUUACCAAUCUAAUUAGGCAAAAAUUAGAACCGAGAUUUUCCAUACAUUUUGAGGGUAAUCAAGUGGCGGGUGCGUACCCGAAGCCUGGUUUACAGUUACACCAAUCCAUGCCGAUACUUGGUUUUUAUUCUAUGCCAAACUUUUGUUCUUUAGCAUUUUUAGCUGAUAAGUUGACGAGGACCUGUUUCAUUUAAGGGUUCAACCCCUUUUGGCCAUUAAAAAUAAUAAAAUAAAAUUUUCCCUUUUAUUUUACU